AUGCCUAGCGGAAGCAAAGGGCUCAUGUUCCUGUCCCCCGUAACCACCCUUGAAAAUACUUCCAUGGCCGCCUCAGCACCGGCUGUACUUAAGAAGCUCUUAUUCCAUUCCCUAUCACCACCGCCACCCAUAUUCCACCUCCUCCGCCGCCUCUCUGUUAACAAUUUCACCACUACCACUACUUCUAUUCCAACCCAAACUUUGAACAGCAACAAAAAGAAGAGAGAGAAGCAAAAGCGGCGUAAUAGUCAAACAGCGGCGGCGGCGGAAUCUCUGGUGAAAAGGAGGACCCGUUCGGAUAAGGAGUUCGAUGAGGAGAGUGUUUUGCGGUUUGGGGAUAGUGCUACCCACAUACCCGUUAUGCUCGGUGAAGUCUUGGAGGUUUUCGCUUCCCGUACGGUCCUUUCAUUUGUAGAUUGUACCCUUGGUGCUGCCGGACAUUCUUCCGCGAUAAUUCAGGCCCAUCCAGAAAUUCAGUUGUUUGUUGGGCUGGAUGUUGAUCCUGUUGCACAUGAGAAAGCUCAAGCUCGGAUCAAAGCAAUGUUGCAUGGGAAUUCUUUUGGUUCAACUCCAGAUUUGGGAGCUCAUAUCCUUUUGAGAAAUUUUAAGGAUAUCAAGUCUGUGCUUUGUGAGGUUGAUGAAAAAAUGGUAGUUCCUGGAGCUGAUGGUGUGUUGAUGGACCUGGGAAUGUCAUCCAUGCAGGAAAAAUCAAUGGUGAACUAAAAAUAAGUUUUUAUAAAAUUAAUGCAGAUCAAAAUUUUUAAAAAAAAGCAGUGUCAAAUUUGGCCACAUGACCUUUGGUUUCUUUGGCUGUGCCUUCCUUUCCUAAGUUGUUCAAUUCUCAAAAAGAUCCAAAUUAUGGUUAUCAUAAUCAUAUUUUUUGUCAGCCAUGUGAUUUCACGAAAGCCUCCGAUCAAACCAUAAUCAUUUUUUUAGUUUAGACUAUCAAUUCAAAAUUCAGUAUCACACUGUCCAAUGUUGCUAAGAAUUUCAAUUUUCAUUGGAACAAAAAACUUUCGAAAAAGCUUUUAAUUCAAAACUCACGAAAGAGUUCAAAAAACAAGUUGAAUAGACUAAAUUUAGAAAUUUUUUUUUGUAGCACUUAUUAUAAAAUAACAACAGUGUCUAAUUCAGCGACUCUAAUUGGUGGUUUCUUUAGUGCCUCCCUUCUUUUGUUGAACCUUUUUGUUGUCAGCAACAUCCAAAUCAUUUUCAUGACCAUUGCCCCUUUUAUAUGCCAUAGGAUUUUCCCAGAGUUUCUGAGUAGCCAAAUCAUAGAAUCAUUGGAUCUUUGAAUUUCAUUUAUCUCCGGAAAAUAGAAACCCAAU